GUCCGGCGUUCGCAAGCAGCCGAACAUCAGCCAGCGUCGCCUGCGACGGGUCAAGGCACGACACACGGCCCUGAUUGGGAUAUCUCUGACCACCGCCUUCACGAUAACUACGCGAGCUCCAUGGACGGGGAGGCCGCCGAACAAGUAUAUCUGAGCGUCAACACAACGCAGAAGAUGCCUCGAUCUACAAACCAUCUCUAUUGCGGGCCCUCCUCCAACUUUGCCUUCCUCCAGCUAGUGUACAGGACGUUCGCGCCAGUCGACUCGUUGAGCAACAUGGCACCUUUGAGAGCCGCUACUGAUCAGGGCAUCGAUUAUUUUCGACAGCGAGAAAUGUUCUUCGGUGUGCGUCAGGAUUUGGGCACGUCCAAAGGCGUGGAUGACUCGGAUCUCUCACCGCGUCUGCCUCUCGAACUGGCAAAGCUGUUCCUGGAGAGAUUCAGUUUGACAGUCCUUCAUCUCGUUCCAUUCCUCAAAGUCGAGGUCAUGGAGAAGUGGCUUGAGCAGCUAUACAAUGAUGAGGCCGAAGAGAUGGCUAGUGACACCAAAGCAGUCCUCCUCGCGGUCCUGGCAAAUGGAGCUACUCUAACAGAGCAUGUCAAAUGGGCCGACACAAUUUAUCAUAGAGCUAAGAGGGAAAUGCAUGUCCUCGAAGAGACGGUCAACAACAAGGCUAUUCAAGCAUCCCUUCUCUUGAUAACGAGCAGUGGCCGCGCAAAUCUUGCCUACCUUGAGCUCGGACAAGCAUGUCGCAAAGCAUAUGCCACAGGCCUUCACCGAGACGUCGAGUAUACAUCGCCACAGCCAAAAGGUGAUGCUACCUCUGAGAGACGCACAACAUUUUGGGCUCUCUUGUUCUGGGAAAGAUGGGUCUCAUUCUGGCUUGGCCGACCGACUUCAGCUGCAAGUGAUUCGAUAUCAAUACCAUUCCCUGCAACCAGCAUCUUCACCCUAGCGCUGGGCGAACUGUCGAACAUAAUCGCUAAGUCGGCCAAGUACAUCUACGAGGAGAAGCACCUCUCCUUGAUGAAAUUGAGGCUAUCCCUGCAAAGUGUUCGGCAUGAUCUGGAAUCCUUCAAACAGAGGAUGGAGCCGAUACUUGGAUUUGCCUUGGAUGGCAGCAUUGACCAAGAAAAUGCCAACGUCCAGCAAUUCUUCAUGAUGAAUUUUCUAUCCCAUACGUGGAUGACCAGCUUCCGGCCCUGCCUGAUGGUGUUCAAUUCCAUGAAAGCUCGGAAAUCGUUCAAUAACUCUUCCCUUUUUCACGCCGGGCAAACCCCUCCCUCACCCGAGUCCGACUUAUUCUGGCUGCUCGAAGGCUGUCAUUGUGCGUUCGACUCGGCCCGAAAACUGAUUCACUACCUCUUUGAAUCGCUCAACCGACACGUACUACUUAGGGGCUUGAGCUUUACGUCCGCGUGUAUCGAAAGCGCAUGCCUGCUCCUCGCCUACCACGCGAUGAAGAAUUCGGAAUUGAUUCCUCGAGUCAAAAAGAGUCUGGAAGAGGCACUCGGGUGCGUUUCGCAUAUGACCAGCAAAGAACAGGUUGACAGCGUCCGAUACACUGUCCAGCGAAUGCUUCAUAAGAUCCAGGAAGCCCGAGUAUUCCAUGAAGGCAAAGGCCGUGCGGUACCUUCAUCGCCCGAGAUUGGGUAUUUCGGCCCCCACGACCAGCUAGGGGAGGAACUUGCAGACGCAGCAAGCGACAACGGUAGCGCGUGGGAGAACGCUGCGAGUUUUCUCCAGACUGCGACCGAUGGGCCUGGAUUCGAUGACCCUUCCAACGAUGGGAUUUGGGCCAUCGAUCUCGACAUCUUUGCUCCCGAUCUCGGUGACUACUUCACCCUGGACGAGCCGGAUUUUCUCACCGGGACCGCAGACGCUGCUUUCCAAGAUCUGUGA